CUUGUUACAGGCCCCUCCCACUUAUCCAUGGAAAUGUUACUGAGCAUUGAGUAUAGUUACUACUUGGUAAUUUUUUCAGUAUAGUGAUUAAUUGGCCCCAGAAACUUGGGGAUGUUCUUUCUUUGACAUUAACAGAAUUCCUCUCUGUCUCUGCAGAUGUAUAAGUUGUACCAUACUGUGACGGGCUACAAGGAUGUCAGGAUCAUCUCACUUAUACCAGGAAGUGUGGUGGUGGUGGAACAUGAAGUUGUGCUAGAUAUCAAUUUGCUAAAGGGAAUUGAAGAAUAUAAUAAGGCGGUCGGGGAGCUUUAUGACAGACUCAAUGGGACGAACCGCAGCUCUAAUGAUACAGGUUUCUUGGAGUUCAAUGCAAGCAGAACAGAGAUCCAGGGCAAUGCACGGAAUGUUGCAGAUCUAUGCUCAGAGCUUGAUAUCAUCCCUAAAGAGAUGCGCCAAUAUUUCUACGGUGUCAAUGAAUCCAAAAAUCUCCUCUGUGCCAGCAACUGCAGCUCUUUCAACCCAAAGUUUGUCGACUGUAACGCGGGUCAGUGCUCAAUCACUAACGCAGGACCCCACUGCUACUGCCAGACCUCGGAUGACUAUUGGUACACAGGGGACCGGUGUGAGAACGCUGUCAGUAAAGCAGGCGUCAUCGCUGGAGUUACAGUCGGACUCUUCGUUUUGCUCCUUAUAUUUAUUAUUGUCGCAAUCUUUCUAAUUCAACGUCGGAAGAAAACGGGCAAAGAAACGUUAGUUGACAAUGAACACAGCUGGUACAAUAACUGGGAAGGUGAAACUUUUGAAAAAGGGCAAAUCAGGAACUCAGCAUCUAACAGCAACAAUGGGUCUCAGGGCUCCAGCUUUGCUAACAGGGAGUUCAGGCCAGCGCUGGACAAAGUGGACACAAGUAUUAAGAUAAGGACCGGCAGAGCCACGGUGGUUCAUUAAAUUUGUUGCCCAAUUUCUCAUCAUCUCGAAGAGCACUUAACGUCCAUAGAGGAAUCCGUUGCACUCUUUGCCUCUAGCGGGCAACCUGUUUUAAUCAGUCUUCAUAUGUAUUUUCUAUUUUCAAUGCUAAUUAACGAUCAUCUCAUAAUUAGGCUUAGGCCAAAAGGAAAAAUGGCCCACAUGGACCUCUUGUGGCUGCGACCAUAUGGUCAUAUGCUAUCAUUGUAUGAGGCAAGGCAAAAACACUUAGAUAUAAGGCACUAAGGAGCUCCUCAUAUAAACUGCCUAUUCAUGAUACAGACUGCUUGGAGCAAGUGCAGUACUACAUUAUGGAUCCAACUUACUGUGAUUAUGGUGGAAUGUGUUACUCCCAUUGCCUCCAUGUUGGUAGAUAUCGUUCCAUUAUGAAAAGAAAGAAGCCUUUAUAUACUGAGAAAUGUGAUACACUAAUUAUACUUCGCUCUUCCUGAGAAUCAAUGCAGCACGUGAUACGUUCACACAUAUAAAGUGAUUUCUUAAUGGCGCUUACAUUAUACAGACCCUGUAUUGCUUUCUAUUGCUUCAUAUAGGAAUAAAGGAUAAUUGUUA